AUGGGCGAUCUAUUAAAAACCAAAUGGCAAAAUUUAAGAGAUACCUAUAAAAAAGAAUUAAACAAGAACAAAAAACCAACAGGAUCUGGGUCUGGAGGAAGCUCAUCGAAGUGGAGAUUUUAUGAAACAUUGUCUUUCUUAAAGGAUAUUGAAACACCAAGACAAAUGAUAGGUAAUAUCCCAACACCAAUGUCGGUGAAUGAAUUGGAAAACACUAGGGAUAUUAAUUCACCAGAAAGCGAUUGUAUUGACGUCGUAAACGAAGACUUAAAUACAUCGGAAAAAUCACAUGAAACAACAAUGGGUAUGGAUUCUUCAUAUUAUGAGCAAUUACCAGCGAAAAAAAAAAAAACUAAUAAAAAUGAUGCAAUUAGUGAUUUGCUUAAUAUCGAAAGACAAAAACUACAUCAUUUUA